AAAGGCUUCUUCAUCCUCAAGUUUCUUAACACGUCGUAAGCCCGAAAGAGUAAAAAAAAUAAAAUAAUACGACUCAAAGAUCUUCAAGAUGUUUGAGAUAAAUAGUGAAUUUAUUUUUCAAAGUGUUUUUACAUUUAUAUGGCUAGAGUUUAGCUGGGAAAUGUACCUGUCAUAUCGUCAGCACCAAGUUUACAAGAAGAGUAGCAAACCACCCCAGGAACUUGAGGAGCAUUUCAACAACGAAACAUUCCAGAAAGCCAGGCUUUAUGGACUUGAUAAGAGUGGAUAUGGCAUAGCACAUGGAUUAUUCAAUCAAAUAUUUUCCACAGUACUGAUUUUGCUGAAUGGUCAUGCCUAUUUCUGGAACCUAUCCCGCUCAGUUCUGUUGGCAUCAGGUCUAUCUGCUGAUAGUGAAAUUAUUAGAAGUAUGGUCUUCACUGUCAUCUUGAGUACUUUUAGUACCCUUGUUGAUAUGCCAUUCACCAUUUACUACACCUUCUGGCUUGAAGAAAGGCAUGGAUUCAACAAACAGACUCCUGGAUUUUUCAUCAAAGACACUAUUAAGAAGUACAUUCUUGGCAUACUGAUCUCAUUACCCUUGGUUGCUGCUGUGAUUUUCAUUGUGCAAAGUGGUGGAGAUUAUUUCUUCCUCUACUUGUGGAUCUUUGUCACUCUGGUGAUUGUGCUGCUGAUGACAGUCUAUCCAGACUAUAUCGCACCUCUAUUCGAUAAAUACAGCCCCCUACAGGAAGGCGAGCUAAAGUCACAGAUUGAAAAAUUGGCCGCCUCGAUUGAUUUCCCACUGAAAAAGCUUUACGUCGUAGAAGGUUCCAAACGUUCGUCCCACAGCAACGCCUAUUUCUAUGGCUUCUUCAAUAACAAGCGAAUUGUGUUGUUUGAUACGCUCAUUGAAGGAUACGUCAAGGAGGAGUCGGAAACUACAGACAGCACUACAAAACCUCCCAAAAAGGGUUGUAAUAAUCCUGAAAUUCUAGCAGUGCUCGGUCAUGAGUUGGGCCACUGGAAAUUGAACCAUGUUACCAAGAACAUUGUCAUCUCUGAGCUGAACAUUCUAUUCAUGUUUACGGUUUUUAAUAUGCUCUUUCAAUACCAACCUCUAUACGAGGCUUUUGGAUUUCACGACAGCCAGCCCAUCUUCAUCGGCCUUUACAUCGUAACGUCGUACAUUUUCUCACCUUACAACGCCAUCCUCUCCUUUUUGACGACAUUGCUGAGCCGUCAUUUCGAGUUUGAAGCGGACCAAUUUGCCAAAAAGCUCGGUCAUGCCGUCAAUCUCAAGUCUUCGCUAAUCAAGCUCAACCUGGACAACCUGGGUUUCCCGAUUUACGACUGGCUCUACUCCAGCUGGCACCACUCUCACCCGACACUUCUCCAGCGGUUGAACGCCCUAGAAAAAACCGAGUAAAAAAGCGAUGGCUAGUGGAUCACCUACGUAAUUCCAACUACCCUACGUGCUGCACAAUUGCGACCUAUACUAAAGUAUCCCGACAAACAUCAUCAUUCAACUUCUUGUCCGAGUGGCUUAUUACAGCAUUUUCGUCGUGAUUGAGAAAGCAUUUUCUUAUAACGUGUGACAGAACGGUAAUAUCAUAUUUGAUAAUUGACCACUUAACUUAGCAAAGAAAGAAAGAAAAAAAAAUGUUGUGUGAUGUCAUAAAUCUAGCUGAAAGUACCAAAUUAAUUUGCUGGCAAGUGUUGUAUCAUUCCGAUUCUAGUCCACAAAUGCAUCAACACAGCUAGCACACAAAUUUGCAACGAAAUGUAGGCCAAUUGGACUCAAAAUACAAAUCAUCAGAAGUU